AUGCGCCUGGCAUACUACGCCGGUGCCUCCACGGCGGCCGCAGCGGCGUGUCUGCUGAAGGCCUUCCAUCAGCGGCCCAAUUUCUACAGCGCGACCGUCUACCUCUCCCAGUCGAACGCCUGCCUACUCAUCUUGACGAAUCUACUCUUGGUCAUGGCUUGCGGAUUUAUGUAUGGACUACAGCGACUCCUCUACGGCCCACUUCGACCGAUCGAGAUCGAACAGCUGUCGGAGAAAGCCUGGUAUGCGGUUCUGGACACACUACUCGCGAUGCCCAGUUUCAGAGAAGAUGUGGGAGGCUGGCUAUUGACGAUGUUCGUCUUGUUGCUAGCUGGCAAGGUCUGGGGCUGGAUUGGCGAGGGAAGAGUGGAUGUGUUGGAACAACAACCGCCGGCAAACCCACGCUUAUUCCAUACGAGGCUCGCGACAAGUUUGAUUGUCAGCGUGGUGUUUGAUAUUUGGAUGCUAAACUACUGCGUGGAAAGCGUGAUUGCGGAUCCAAGGCCGGGCAUGAUGGUGAUAUUCACGUUUGAAUUCGCCAUAUUAUGCAUUUUCUCCGUGUUUACGCUGACGAGGUAUGCAUUGAGCUUGGCGGACGCUGGCGUGGUGAAGAAGCAGACACAGCAAGCUAUCGAAUUGCGGAAGAGCGAGAUCAAGGAAGAAAGAAGAGCAGAGAUUGAGCGAAGGGCGAACGAGCCCGCGGAAGAAGGCCAGGAAGCCAGACCAGACCCACCGUCCGUGGAUGAUCCGAUCGAGGUGGACGAAAACGAAGUGGAUGUGCCGGGUUGGGAGGAAAAGCGGCGAUACCUUUUCGCUCUGGAGGUGUUCACGGACUUCAUCAAGUUGAUGAUCUACAUUGUCUUCUUCACCGUCAGCAUCACCUUCAACGGACUGCCGAUGCAUAUCAUGCGCGACGUAUACAUGACAUUUGCGUCGUUUACAAAGCGAGUGAGCGACUACGUGGCAUACCGAAAAGCGACGAGCGACAUGAACGCGAGAUAUCCAGAUGCGACAACAGAGGAGAUCAGAGACGAUGCAUGUAUUGUAUGCCGCGAGAGCAUGGUCGCGUGGGCACAGCCGAAUGCUCAGGGCGAGGCUCAGCCAGCUGGCGAACAACCGGGCGCAGCAGCUGUCGGUGCCACAAGAAGGAGGGACGAAGGUCUCCGGGCGAAGAAGCUGCCAUGCGGACAUAUUCUUCAUCUCCGCUGCCUCAAGGCUUGGCUCGAGAGACAGCAGGUUUGCCCUACGUGUCGGAGGCCCGUCAUUUCACCAGAUGCGCAUAAUGGGACAACAGGCGGCGCAGGCGGAAAUGCGGCACCGCCAGGCCAACAACAGCCACCACGCCCCAGAGCACGGAUGUUCAAUUUUGGUCCACUGCGCGUCGGUCUCUUGAAUGCUCCCAAUGGUCAGAUGCAGAACAUCCUGAACCAGAUCCAGAACCCGGACGGAAACAAUCAAAACCAAAACCAAAACCAAAACCAAAAUCAACAGCAACAGCAGCACCACAAUCAGAACCAGAACGGCGCAAACCAACAAGGCCCCAAUCAUCUUGGUCUUCAAGUUCCAUAUCCUCCUACACAAAAUUUCGCACCCCAACUUGGUUCGCGAUCCGCAAGAGUACCAGUACCAACCCACGUUCAUCUGAUGCAAAUUGAGCAACGUCUGAUGCAGGAAGCUCACAAUCUUCAGAUCGAGCAGCAGCAGUUGGCAUAUUUGAGAACAAUGGAAGCAGAGUUGGCGCGAUUGCGAGCGCAGCAUAUUUCGGCACACCAACCUGUGGGCACUAAUGGUGCUCCACGGCCAACACCAUUUUCUCUGCCACUGCUGGCGCCGGCUCUCCCUCAGCAGCUGCAUGGCAACACUACUGAGCAGUUCGGAAAUGGGCAUCAGGAGCUACCUGCUGGACUUGUACUGCCCGAAGGGUGGACAGUGACGCCCUUGCGGCCCGUCGGAGGAUCCAAUCCGUCAUCAGCAGGAGCAAGCAUUGCAGCGGUUCAGCAACCUACUACUGAGCCUGCGAGACCGCAGCCAUCUUCAGUAGAUGCAUCGCUUUCACCAGUCCCUCCUCCAAAUCCAUCGCAGCCUGGGACGGAAGCCUCACCCACUCAGCCGCCUACGAACGUCGCAGAUCAGUCUGGAACGGCUCGAGAUGUUGGGCCUACGGAUGGCAGAGGCUCUCCUUUGUUUGUGCCGGCUACUCAGAAUGUAGGAGAGCAGGCUUCGCCGCCCUGGCGUCCAGAUGGUUGGAGCUUUGACGGUAAAACGAACGAACAGCCAGCCCAGGAUUCUUCGCACACAGAAGAGACGUCUCACCCGCCGCAAGGAGAACAGGAGCAGGCGUAUACCGGCAAGGGCAAAGGCAAGGCAGUGGAGGUUGAAGAUGUACCAGAUAAUGACUAG